AUGGUCAGAUCUCUGGUAAACAGUGGUUUGUAUACAAAAGUUCAGCCCAAUGAACCACAGACAAGAAGGUUUCUGGGAAAACUAAUGUCUUCUCAGAAGACUAUACAGAUUCCAUGUCGACAUCUCUUUCAUGAGGAAAAUGAUGAGAUGUUGGCAAUGUUUCCCUACCAGUCUGAAGACUAUGAAAGUCUCUUCCAGAUGCUGCAUUUAGCAGCCAAACAGCUGCUGGCUAUUAAAAGUCCCUUAAAGCUCCAUGUUUUUGCUCAUAAAGGGAAGAAAAGUCCAGGAGCAUCCUUAAGUCCUAGCCAUACUAGCACCAAGGAGAAGCAGCACCUGAGGCUUGGUGAGACACUUGUAGAGGGCUCUUCUCAUUCUGGAUCGCCCAAGAAUCCUUGCUUUAAAAACACAGCUUUUAGGAUGAAAGCAGAAAACAUGACUUUGGCCGUGAGUGGGUGUGAAAGCAUGGAGCUGGAUAAUAAAAUCCAGAUUUUGAUUAAGAAAAAUAUUGCUCCUGAUCCCCAUGGGGUCACCCCAGAGGCCAUGCAGAGUCACAGAGAGUCCUGUUCUCUAGAGAGUUCCCUAUCAAGAAAGAACUUGACGAAAUCUCUUGAACAAAAGAUAAGGUGCUUGGAAAAGCAGAGAAAAGAGCUCCUGGAAGUUAACCAGCAAUGGGAUCAGCAGUUUAGAAGUAUGAAAGAGUUUUAUAAAACAAAGGUCUCCGAGCUGAAAACGAAACUGGCAGUAGCAGAAGGCGUCCUGCGCACCCUGGAGAAGGAGCAAAGGCCUGGUCAGAGCCCAGGCGACCCGCGGCGCGAGAAGGAAAAAGAAAGCCUAAAUGAAGAAUUAGAAGAAUUGAAGAAAGAGAAUAAGCUUUUGAAGGAAAAGAAUGCUCUGACAAAUAAAAAGAAGGAACAUUACGAAUGUGAAAUAAAGCGCCUGAACAAGGCUCUUCAAGAUGUCUUGAAAAUUCAGAGUUCAUUUUCUAUGGACUAUGCUGGGAAGUGUAAAGGGGAGUGUAGCCAUGAAGACAUGAGAACAGAACUGGAAGUUCUUAGACACCAGGUGCAAAUUUAUGAAGAGGACUUCAAAAAAGAGCGGCUGGAUAGAGAAAGACUUAGUCAAGAGAAAGAACACCUACAGAAAUUGAAUGAGGUGUCCCAGUCCCAGAUGAACAGGCUGAGCUCUCAGAUACAAGCUUACCAAAUGGAGAAAGAAAAACUAGGAAUGCAACUAAAACAGAUGUAUUUCUUGACAUGUAAUGGUGGCCUACCUUUCCACCUGAGGGAUCCAUGGGUACCAGUAGACCCCAGACUUAUACAGAAUCCAUGGCCACAGUCAAUAUAUUGUUACCAUCUUCAUGACUUUGCCACACUCUUGAUUGCUUUAGAAUGA